AAAUAAAGUAAAACGUGCCAAAUCCAUCUCCACCAUCUAUAAAACCGAAGGUCUCAAAUCACCGUCGACAACCACCGCUUCCGCCGCCAUUUCCACGGUUACACCGCCGGAGGACGUCCGUUUCCAAAAGUAAUUAAAUAUGUCCACUCUCUACAAUCCUCUAAUUUUCACCAUUAAAAACCCAAAAGGCAGCCUUAAACCUCACACUUCCCUUCCUUCUUCUGUCCCGACUUUUAGGCUUCGUAAAUUUCAAAAUUUCUCAGUUCAAUCCUCCAUUUCCUCAUCCAAUGAGCCGGAAAAACCCACCUCUAUUACACCGGAUAAUGAUAAAGCUGACGAUAAAAUGGUCGAGUUCGUGGAUGAAUGGGGAGAGAAGUCGGAGCCCGAACCCGGACCGGUUACGAAGUUAGCGGAUUCGGAUCCUCCGGAGUAUGAUGAUGAGUGGGGUAAUGGAAGUCCCGGAGUUGACGUGAGUGGUGAAGAGGACGAGAAGCUUCUAGAGCUGAAAAGGUGUUUGGUGGAUACAGUUUAUGGGACGGAUUUCGGAUUUCGGGCUUCAUCAGAGAUUCGGGCCGAGGCAUUGGAGUUCGUUUGUCAGUUGGAGGCAGCCAAUCCUUCUCCAGCACCAACUGAGUCUCCUGAGUUGCUUGAUGGGAACUGGAUUUUAGUGUUCACUGCAUUUUCCGAGUUGUUACCUCUUCUUGCUGUGGGUAACAUUCCUCUGUUGAAGGUAGAAAAGAUUAGCCAAGACGUAAAUACAAACAGCUCGACUAUAGAGAAUGCGACUACAUUAUCAAGCCCUGUAGCCACCUUGUCCUUUAGUGCUACUGCCACUUUUGAAGUUCGAAGCCCCUCUAGAAUACAGGUUGAAUUCAAGGAAGGGAAUUUUAAACCUCCAGAAAUAAAAUCGAACAUAAAUCUGCCGGAAACUGUGGAUUUGUUUGGGCAAAAGAUAAGUCUCUCUCCUGUACAGCAAUCUCUAGGUCCUCUGGAAAACGCUGUGGCAGGCAUAGCACGAACUAUUUCUGGUCAGCCUCCUCUCAAGAUCCCAAUUCCAGGUGGAAGGACAAAAUCCUGGCUUCUCACAACCUACCUUGAUAAGGAUAUGCGGAUCUCCAGAGGCGAUGGUGGGCUUUUUGUGCUUGUUAAGGAAGGGAGUUCUCUUCUAUAUUAGUAAGGUAUCCAUUAUCCUAUAUUGUGAUUUACAAAUGUCUUAGGAACUGCAAUGGUAUGUACUGCUACAUCGAUUUAUCGCGGGAUGUAGAGUUUAAAACUCCUUAGCUGUAAGGUGGGACACUCUUUUAGGACUCAAGUACUUGCACUGAAUUAUCUCAGGAUCAAGCUGUGAGAUUAGUCCUAGUAAGAAGUGUGCUGAAAUAAAAUGUGAUAUAGCUUUGCAUUUUCCUAUGUAGUAAGAUAACGAUGUUUCAGUAAUUUGGAGGUCAAUCAUCUGUAAUUUCAGCUUAUCUGGAAAGAAAAUAACUUAACAAUUACGUUUAA